AUGGCAGCGCCUAGCGCGGACAUUUAUUUGUUGCCAGAGCUUGCACCCACAGGCUACAACCAGCAUGUGUUUGAUUCCUUGGAUGUUUGGGCAGAAGCUGAAGGGCCAGAUGCUGCCACAUGCCAAGUGCUGUCAACAGUUGCGAAGGAGCGUGAUGCAUUCAUUUGCUACGGCGUGCCAUUUUGUCAUCCAGAUGGGGGCUAUACCAUCCGUCAAGUGGUCCUGGACAACUCUGGCGCUGUAAUUGCCACCUACGAUAAGAUUCAUUUAUGCCACUUUGGGGAUGGUCGUGAGACCAACUGGUUUCGUCCUGGAGAACAUCUGUGCUUCUUCGACUGCCGUGGCUUCCGACUUGGAGUGUUGAUUUGUGCGGAUAUGCGCUACACAGAGCUUUGUCGUGAACUGGCCAUUGGCCGUGGCUGCGAUGUCCUGCUGCACCCUACGGCCUUUGCACGCGAUGUGACCUUCGCAAGUUGGCCGUCCUUCGUGGAAUGCCGAGCACUUGAAAACCAAGUGUAUUGGGCUGCAGUGAACUACGCGGGGGACCACUUCGGAGGUUCCAUGUGGAUUGAGGAAGCGGUGGUCGUGCAUGAGGCCACCAAGGAAGAAUUGGCUUCAGUGCGGAGCUCCUUCCCUUUCCUCGCGGCGCGGAAGGAUCGGAGCUUCCCCUUGCGCUCACUACUGCGACGAACGCCGCUCAGAAGCGCGGUGGUGAUCCAGCUGGAUUCGCCCACAGGGGAGUUGGGCACCACGGCACGAGUCUCUGAAGCGUCGGAGGAGAAACCGAAGCGAUUGCAGAGUUGGGGAGGUCAUGGGCACCGAGCGCGCUUCGGCGUCCAAGUGCCCUUUGUCAUCUAUGCCACAUGUGUUUUGCCACCGGGCAAUGAGUUGGCCACGGCUGGGGAAGACGGCACAGCUUGCAUUUGGGACGCGAAAAGUGCCACGAAGAUCCAUGAGGUCAAAGCUCAUGAGGGUGGGGUGUUAUGCAUUGAACCCUUUCCCAAUGCCAUGUGCUUUCUCACCGGCGGCUGCGAUGGCUUUGCCCGAGUUUGGAGAUGUGGGAGCAAGCCGAGCCUCCUAGCCACCUUGAACCACCGCUUUGCCGUCAUCGGCGGGGUCGUUUACCCCGAUGCACGGCCUUUGUUGACCUUGGGCCUUGAUGGCGUCACCAAGCUAUGGCAUUUGGAGAACGGAGAGUUCAUUUGUCAAGCAGGUACAGGGCUGAGUGCCUUGACCAUCUCACGCUUCCAGGGCCACGUGUUCACUGCAAGCCUGGCCGGUCUCGUGGAGCGCUUCAGCGAGCAGGGGCAGCAGUUGAGUGUUUGGCAGGGCCACAUCGGCGCCAUCAAUGCCAUUGUGGUCUUUCCGGACGAGUCAAGGGUUCUGACAGCGGGUGAGGAUGGCGUUGCCAUCGUGUGGCAGAUGUCUGGGAGUCUCUUCAAACGACUUGGGGAGUUUGGCUCUCCAGUCCUGUGUGCGGAUGUCUCCCCAUGUUGUCAGUGGCUACUCACCGGCUGCCGGGACGGGACUGCUCGACUGUUCAACGCUGGCACUGGCAAGAUGACUUGCAGCUGGCAAUUGGGACAGAAGGAAGCGGUCGAGAAGAGCCAAGUUGACACUCACCCCGUGCAGGUUGAUGCGAGAGCCACGGGUCCCUUUAAAGUUGACCUGAACAGUUUGGGCAGGCAAGAAGCCCACUUGAUUUCAUCUCUACAGGAUCUUUUUAAAGAUCAGGAGAAGCGUAUCGCCACUGCAGUGCUGGCCAGCCACGAGCAGAAUUGGUGGGAGGAUGUGGAGGUUAUGCCGGCCUCGAUGGGAAGGCUUCGGGCCGGCCUCGUGGGGGGCCGGUGUGACACGAUGAUCCGAUGGGCCCGGUUGGGCACCCACACAGGCCUCCGCGAGCCGGGCGGCUUCCGGCGGAAUUUCCUCCACCAGCAGGCGCUGCAGGAGGGACGCGAGGACACCUUGGCCGUUCACAGCUUCCAGGUUGAGAGCCACUUCUAUGGUUUGGACUUGGAUGAGGAACCCUCAGCAGUGAGACCGGUCACCGGCACUGCAGGUGAUUUAAAUAUCGCCUUUCUGAUUUUCAAGGGCAACUGCGGCUGUGCCAUCCUGUACAUGCCGCGCGGAUGGAUGCAUGGAGGCCUCGUGCUUGCAUCCAUCACUGUACCUAUGAUCGGAUUGAUCUCCAUUUGGUGCUCCCUCCUUCUCUUGAAGGUGCGGAUGCAAGACUCUGGGCAUCAGGGCUAUGGUGAUCUGAUUGGGGCGGCCUUCGGCCUCUACGGCCGAAAGUGUGCGAAUCUGUUCAUCAUGCUUUUGCAAUCUGGGAUUUGUUGCACCUACUUCAUAGUGGCCUGUAAGCUGCUGCAGAGCACCAUUUGUCCAGGGCUGGGGUUCAACAUCUUGAUUCCUUGCAUGGUUCUGGUGGUCCUGCCGGUGGUCGCGAUCCGAAAGAUCUCCUCCCUUUGGCCUUUGAGUCUCCUGGGUACAGCUCUUGUGAUCUUCGGGAUCCUGGUGGUCUUUGGUUUGGAGCUAGGCAUCGGGCUCAUCCUACCAACCUUUGAUGCAUCAAAAAAUCCUCAGCACUUUCCCUGGAUCUACAUCGUCACUCAGACUGGAACGUUGUGUUUGGUUUGCUGCAUUGGUCUCUUUGGGCUCGACUUCCAGCCAAAUGUUUUGGUCUUUUUGGUCCGCAUGGCCUUCAUGAUUCAGGUCCUGUGCUCCUUCCCACUUCAGAUGCUCCCCGCCACACGGCUCAUCGAGCUGUCCUUCUUUGGGCCGCCGGUGUCGGACCCGCCCUCCGCCCGGAAGCUGGCCAAGUCCGGACGCUCGGGCCGUGUCCAGGAAGGAUUCCGCGCCGUCCUCGUGGCAGUGUUUGCGCUCAUCGCUUAUGCGGGCGCAUCGCACUUGGACAACUUUGUGAGUCUCAUUGGGGCCUUGUGUGGCGUGCCAUUGGCAUUUAUCUUUCCAGCAGCGGCACACUACUUCCUCAUCGAGCGUUGCUGCUCGGAUCUGCUGCUCAUGGCCUUCGGUGUCAUCCUGACCGUGCUGGUCACUGCAGUGAAUCUGGCAGCCUUCCUGUAG